AUAGAUUGACACUACAAACCACUUAAAUUGAAAGAAAGAAACUGCAAAACACGACGUGCUAAAAGGAUUAGCAUUGGUUUUAUCCACUGUGUAAUUGAUUGUCUGUUACUGAAAACAUAUUAAUAUACCGUAAGUACUUCAGUAAUUAUUACAGUAAUUUGGUAAUGUAUUCCCUAAUGGAUCAAAAUAUGUUGUAACAGGCGUUUUGACAGUUCUGUGCUAUUUUCCAGUUUGUUCAGGAAGUUAUAAUUUUCAUUUAAUUUUUAUUUCAGAAUAUUACAAAUAUUGUCACUCAGAAGAUAGAGAAUACUUUGGAAGGUUUGGAAGGUGUAUAACAUUGGUGUGCUGACACAACACUUAUCUUACAUGCCAAGGAAAUACAUUUCACUAAAAGUAGCAUUCAGAACAUUUUGUAUUUACUAUUAAGAUCAGUUAGUUUACUGUAAGGAAGUUAUAUGUUACAUUCAGAAAUGCAGAAAAAUAAGCAGAGCAGACAGUUGAGCAAAAUAUGCAGAUGCCUGCAACCCUUAUCUCAACGCUGUAUUUGUUUUUCAGGAAAAUAAGUGGGCACUGUUAUGGAGUACUCAGGUUAUGCACAUCCACUUCCAAAUUAUGUACAUCCCGUGCCUCAACCACCAGGAUACAUACCACCACCAACUAUCGAAUCAAUGCCAGCACCACAGAGGCCUGCAGGCUGUCCCCCAGGACUGGAAUAUUUGACACAGAUUGACCAGCUGCUUAUUCAUCAGCAAUUAGAGCUUAUUGAAAUUCUUGUAGGCUGGGAGACUAACAACAAAUAUCAAAUUAAAAACAGUUUAGGACAAAAAGUAUUUUUUGCGGCGGAGGAAAAUGACUGCUGUACCCGUUACUGGUGUGGGCCCUUGCGUCCCUUUACAAUAAAGGUCCUGGAUAACUAUGGCCAAGAGGUUUUAACCCUGAACAGACCAUUGAAAUGUGCUAGCUGUUGCUAUCCCUGCUGUCUUCAAGAGUUAGAAGUACAAGCCCCACCAGGCAAUCCAAUUGGUUACGUCAUUCAAGACUGGCAUCCCUUAAAACCUAAAUUCACCAUUCAAAAUGAAAGAAAGGAGCCUGUCCUGAAAAUUGAGGGCCCAGCUUGUCAUUGCAAAUGCUGUUCUGAUGUUGUCUUUGAGGUGAAAUCUGUUGAUGAAACUCAUGUAGUUGGCAAAAUCUGCAAGCAAUGGACUGGCUUUCUUAGGGAGGCGUAUACUGAUGCCGAUAACUUUGGAAUACAGUUCCCUAUGGACCUGGAUGUUAAAAUCAAAGCGGAUUUCAUGUACUUUGAACAAAAAUGAUGACCAAGGUUAACAAUCAUUCUGUAUGUGAGAGUCAAGGCUGUGGGCCCACUUCAUCCAUUUUCCAUUUGGGCAUCCAUUUGAGUUCUGUAGUAAGUUUAGUAUGUGGCUGGUAAGAGCUGACAUGAUGGGAAAACAGAAGACAUUUAUCUCCAGAAAGUCACCACAUAAUUCUUUGCUUGAAUUAAACAUUUUAACAUAAUCAUUUUUAAUUGAGAACAUUCUUACUAUACAUAUUUCCCAUCUAUUGUAUUGAUUUUUUUAAUUGCAAAUUGUACUACUGUACUAUUAUGACUUCCGGUAGACUUUUGCAAUAUCAUUUUGCAUUCUUUGAUUACAUUAUGUUUACUAAAAGAUCAAAAUUAUGUUCAUAUAGUGUUUUUAAUAUUAUUUUUGUCUCAAUCCUAAAAUUCUGGUUAAUGCAAAACUUUUGGCCAUAGCUAAAUAGACUGACCUAUUAGAAAUAAUUUAUUAUAUAUCAUAGGGUUAUUUUUUUAUUGGUUAAUUUGGAGUUAAAUCUUGUUUUUUAUUCAUCAUUCUAUAAAACUUUUAAUUUUCUUAACUAUUUACUAUUUAACCUUAGUAUUAUUCUUAACCUUAACCUUUGUAUUAUCAUUGCACAUUUACAGAACUAUUUAUCCAAAUUGUCUUUUUAUCAUGAUUUUGAUGUGUAUUAUUGGUGCUGUAAAGGCCUGUUCAAGAGAUCAUUAUCCCAGGUAAUUGUCAAUGACUUUGAUUGCAAUCAGCCCACUUUUAUAUGAAAACACAGGGCUACAUUACCAAAGCUCUUUACUCCAUGUUGUCAUUAGCAGAUUUUUCAGAACAAUUCAGAACAAUUCAUGAAUUCAUGAAAGAAAAUAACAACAAGAAUAAAACAACUCAGGUCUUUUGUAUAGGCGCUAGUAGACUAUAUAUAUAUAUAUAUAUAUA